AUGGCCUCGACUCCGGAUGAUGCGCCGCAGGGCGUGGACCAGCAGCAACAGCAGCAGCAUGUCGACACCGCGAUGGCGAAGAAGAUUCUGUGGAAGAUUGACCGCACCGUCAUUCCCCUGCUUUUCGUCACGUACAUGCUCAAUUUCAUGGAUAAGACCAUCUUGUCGAGCGCGAGUGUGUUUGGGUUGAGAGAUGAUACUCAUCUGAAAGGCCAGAACUACAGCUGGGUCUCGAGCAUCUUCUACUUUGGCUACUUCGCCUGGACGUACCCCACGACACUACUCAUCGCCCGCCUCCCCGUCGCAAAGUACAUGACCGCCAACACCUUCUUCUGGGGCGCCGUCGUCGCCGUCACCGCCGCCUGCAAGAACUACGGCGGCCUGCUCACCGUGCGCUUCCUCCUCGGCGUCGCCGAGGCCACUAUCACCCCGGCCUUCAUGUUCCUCACCUCCACCUGGUACACCCGCGACGAGAUCCCGACCCGCACCGGCAUCUGGUUCGCCGGCAACUCGGUGGGCGGCCUCGUCGCCUCGCUGCUCGCCUUCGGCGUCGGCCACAUCGACGACAAGAUCGGCCCCUGGCGCUGGAUGUACAUCAUCCUCGGCGUCGUCACCUUCGUCUGGGCGUUCGUGCUGUGGCUGUGGCUGCCCGACACCAUCUCCUCCGCGCGCUUCCUGACGCCCGAGGAGCGGCAGUACGCCGGCGACCGCGUUGUUAUCGCGGGCACCGGGCGCACGGAGAAGACGCACUGGAAGUGGGACCAGAUGCGCGAGUGCCUCAUCGACCCCAAGACGUGGCUCAUCUUCGGCCUCGAGCUGAUCUCGCAGAUCCCCAACGGCGGCACGCAGAACUUUGCCAACCUCGUCAUCAAGUCCUUCGGCUUCACGAGUCUGCAGUCGACGCUGAUCAACAUCCCGUACUCGCUCCUCUCGGCGGGUAUGAUUGCCGGCACGGGCUGGGUCGCGGGUCGCUUCCGCAAGAUGAACUGCAUCCUCAUCGCGCUGAUCGUGCUCCCGUGCAUCACGGGAGCAGCCAUCAUCUACUCGCGCGAGCAUGUGAGCAACGGCGUCCAGCUGUUUGCGUACUUCCUCCUCUCGCCUGGCCCGGCGGCGAUGCCGCUUGCGAUGUCACUAGUGCAGGCCAACUACCGCGGCGUGACCAAGAAGAUGACCAUGUCGGCGCUGCUGUUUCUAGCGUACUGCGCGGGCAACAUCGCCGGGCCGCAGUUCUUCAAGGCCAGCGAGGAGCCGCACUAUAACACUGCCUUCCGGACCAUAAUGAUCUGCUACUCGCUCGUCGUGGUGCUUGCCCUUUCUCUGCGGUUCUACCUGCAGUGGGUCAACGCCAAGCGCACGAGGGAGGAGGGUUUUGAGGGCAGUGCUGGAGGAGCUGGCGCUGUUGGUGGCGGGAAGGUGAUGCAGGCGGAUGGUAAUGCGAAUGAUGUGGCGGACAUGGUUGACCGGGUUGAGCUUCGGCCGGAGGAUUAUGAGGACGUAACGGACUGGAAGACUGCUGGAUUUAGAUAUAGACUGUAG